AUGUAUUUAGUUUCCCGUCAAUACAAUUAUAGCAUGGAUAAUAAACAUUUAUCAAGAACAAGGAAAUAUGAUAAUAACUAAUUUAUUAUUGCUUCUGGGCAUAUUUCCAACACUAACUCCAUCCCUGUUUGUCCAGAUCUUCCUCCUCUUCUUCUCCUACCCACAGCAGGAUGGCGACAGCCGAAGAAGCAGAAAGGCUCACCGGCGACAUCGUCAUCGAGAUCCUCUCGUGGGUCCCGGCCAAUUCGCUCUGCCGCUUCAAGUGUGUCUCCAAGCGCUGGCUGGGCCUCAAUUACGACCGCCACCACCGCAAGAAGCUCCGACAAUCCCUGACCGGCUUCUUCAGCACCAUGGGCAAGGCUGAGGAAGAAUCAACUCUCCACUUCACCACCAUCUCCGGGAACGCCUCCCAGUCCUUCCCCCAGCAUGUCCAACUCCUCGACUGCUGCAACGGCCUCCUCCUCUACCGGUGGUUCGAAGUCUCCGCAAAGGCAACCGACGAGGAGUACGGCUACAUCAUCACCACUCCCGCUGCCGAUGAGCGGGCCGCAUUGCCGGCCACCAGCAAGGCCGCCCUUGCCGGCAGCGUGGCUGGCAUCACACGUUUGGGCUUCUGACCCGACCGUGUCGCCGCAUGGUGCUGAUGUUCGAUUGGUAGUAUAUGUUCUUGAGGACUAUGAUAGCAAAGAAUGGACAUUGAAGCAUAGCGUUGAAAUUUACCAAUUCGGAACGAGAUA